AGAAAUUACCAGUGCUUCUCUUCAAUCAAAACAGCGGAGAAGCCAUUUCCCAGGAUUCCUUGUGUCUCCUGAAUUGUGCAGACUUUCUUUACUGCUUUCCUGUAAAAGGGUGUAUCCCCUGCUGGGGUAGAGGGUACUGACACCCCAAAUACAUUUAAGCCUCAUUCACCAUCUCCUUUGUUGUGCCGUUGUUCUCUCCACUGAAUCUAAAAUAUCUCCCCCCUAGGAUUUAUAUCCCUUUUCCCUCAAGUCUAAAUUGCACCCAUGUCCCUGGGCGAGUGAGUAAUGUUGUAGUAUAUAUGACAUUGGGCUGAGCAUGGACGUAGGAGGUAUCAGCUCAAAGUCUUCUAGAUAAGGAAGGAGUCAGCUUGUAUCUAAUCACAAAGGGGAAGUAACUCUGAUUUUCUUCCUUCAAAAAAAAAAAAAAGAAAGAAAACCCCAGAGUGGAAGGAUCGGGCUUCUUCUCUGAGCGGAUCAGCAAAGUUUCAUUUUCUCGUUCUACUGGUUUGUCACAAAUGGCGAUAUCUUACUCUGGAGCCAAAAAGAGCAAUUCAUUCGGAUCUUUCGUUCCCGUGCCUUUGUCAUGAAGGGUAUGGCCGCAGGUUAACCCCUGGGUUCCGACGCUCAGAUUUCCCAAUGCUUAAGUUCUUUGUGAGCUUGUUUCUCUCUUGUUCCAAGUCGAAAGACAAAUUUAGACACAUUAUCCUGAGCCAGAUCGAAAAUGCUGCUGACGAGCCAAGGGUACUGUGCAUCGUGCAAGACACCACCAACUGCAAGAACGUAAACGAAAGAAUCACGUUAAACCUCCCGGCAUCCACCUCGGUGAAGCAACUGUACGAAGACGUGUCCAGCAAGGCGGGCUAUGUGUCAGGGACGUUCAGUCUGAUGUGGGGGAAUGGAGCCAGUAAUGUUGACAUGGCGGGGCUGGAUCCAACCUCAGACAGGACUUUGCAAGAGGCUGGCUUUGAAGCAGGAAAGAAGAACUUCCUUCAUUUGACCGAUAAAAACGGGGAGCAGCCACAGCUCACAUCGGAUGAGUCAGGGACAGCAGACAGCAGUGGGCUCGAUGACAGCUCAAAGGAAAAAUUCAUUGGACCCUUACCAAGAGAAGAGUCUGUGGCCUGCACAAGCGACUAUGUCAGCCAGAACUACUCGUACUCCUCCCUUCUCAGCAAGUCAGACACAGGUUACGUGGGCCUGGUGAACCAAGCAAUGACUUGCUACUUGAACAGCCUCCUCCAAACCCUCUUCAUGACCCCAGAGUUCCGGAAUGCACUGUACAAGUGGGAGUUUGAGGAGUCCGAAAAAGAUGCAGCCUCCAGCAUCCCGUACCAGCUGCAAAGACUCUUCGUUUUACUGCAGACAAGCAAAAAGCGAGCGAUAGAAACCACAGAUGUGACUCGCAGCUUUGGCUGGGACAGCAGUGAAGCCUGGCAGCAGCAUGACGUUCAGGAACUGUGCCGGGUCAUGUUUGAUGCUUUGGAGCAAAAGUGGAAGCAGACAGAACAGGCUGACCUCAUCAACCAGCUGUAUCAAGGCAAACUAAAAGACUACGUGAAAUGCUUGGAAUGUGGCUACGAAAGCUGGAGGACAGAUACGUUCCUAGAUAUUCCACUUGUCAUCCGGCCGUACGGCUCUAACACAGCGUUUGGUAGUAUGGAAGAAGCACUUCAUGCCUUUAUUCAGCCUGAGACCCUAGAUGGACCCAAUCAGUACUUCUGUGAGCGGUGCAAGAGGAAAUGUGAUGCACGGAAGGGUCUGAAGUUCCUGCAUUUUCCAUAUCUCCUUACUCUGCAACUGAAGAGGUUUGAUUUUGAUUACACCAGCAUGCACAGGAUCAAACUGAACGAUCGUAUGACAUUUCCUGAUGAGCUAGACAUGAGUCCAUUUAUAGAAGUGGAAGAUGAGAAGUCUCCUCAAACAGAUAGCUGCACGGACAGCGGUGCUGAAAAUGAAGGCAGUUGCCAUAGUGACCAAAUGAGCAAUGAUUUUUCUACUGAUGACGCAGUUGAUGAGGGAAUCUGUCUGGAAACAAACAGCAAUACUGAAAAGCUGAAUAAAUCUGUAGCAGAAAAGAAUUCUUUGUAUGAACUUUUUUCCGUGAUGGUCCAUUCAGGAAGUGCAGCAGGGGGACAUUACUACGCCUGUAUAAAAUCCUUUGCUGAUGGCCAGUGGUACAGCUUCAAUGAUCAGCACGUAAGCAGGAUAACAGAAGAGGACAUUAAAAAAACUUAUGGUGGGUCUACGGGAACCCGCGGAUACUACUCCAGUGCCUUUGCUAGCUCUACAAAUGCAUAUAUGCUGAUAUACAGAUUAAAGAACCCAGCUAGAAAUGCAAAAUUCCUUGAAGCAGGCGAAUUUCCUGAGCACAUAAAGCUUCUCGUGCAAAAGGAGCAGGAACAGGAAGAGCAGGAGAAGCGCCAGCGAGAGAUUGAACGCAAUACUUGCAAGCUCAAACUCUUCUGCAUGCACCCAGUCAAGCAGAUCAUGAUGGAAAGUAAACUUGAAGUUCAUAAAGAUAAAACAAUGAAGGAGGCAGUUGAGAUUGCGCACAAGCUCAUGGACUUGGAAGGUGUGACUCCUCUCGAUUGCUGCCGUUUAGUGAAGUACGAUGAAUUCCAUGAUUACCUGGAGCGCUCCUAUGAAGAAGAGGAGGACCAGACAAUGGGUUAUCUGCUUGGAGGCGUCAAAUCCUCAUAUAUGUUCGACCUGUUGUUAGAAACCAAGAGGCCGGAGCAAGUAUUUCAGUCCUAUAAACCUGGUGAGGUCAUGGUCAAAGUGUACGUGGUCAACCUAAAGACAGAAACUGUAGCUCCUCCCAUCAGCGUCCGCGCCUAUCUCAGUCAGACUGUCAUGGAGUUCAAGCAGCUCAUCGCCAAGAACGUAGAUUUGCCGCCGGACACCAUGCGCGUCGUCCUGGAGCGAUGUUAUAACGACUUGCGCCUUUUAAAUGUUGCAAAUAAAACCCUCAAAGCAGAAGGAUUCUUCAGAAGCAAUAAGGUGUUUGUAGAAAGCUCUGACUCUUUAGACCUUCAGCUGGUUUUCACCGACUCUCAUUUGUGGAAACUCUUGGACCGCCAUGGCAACACCAUCAGACUUUAUGUCUCGCUACCCGAGCGCACUCCGACAGCGAGAUCCAUCGGCCCGAAAGGUGGCGGGGACUUGAAUCCUCCCGAGGACUUCUGCGGCAGGGAGGAAGGCAACGUAAAAUCGGUGGACGCCAUUCUUGAAGAAAGCACAGAGAAGCUAAAGAGCCUUUCCCUUCAGCAGCACCAAGAUGGCGGCAACGGGGACAGCAGCAAAAGCACUGAGGGCAGCGAUUUUGAGAACAUUGAUUCACCUGUAAAUGAGGCAGAAUCUUCAGGGUCAGCCGACAACAGAGAACUGGAAAACCGAAUCUUGCCAGCUGACCCUGACAACAACUUUCAGUCGGAAGAGCGGUCGGACUCUGAUGUGAACAAUGACCGGAGCACUAGCUCAGUGGAUAGCGAUAUCCUCAGCUCAAGCCAUAGCAGCGACACCUUGUGCAAUGCAGACAGCGCCCCCAUCCCCCUCGCAAAUGGACUAGACUCCCACAGCAUCACCAGCAGCAGGCGCUCCAAAGCCAACGACGGCAAGAAAGAGACGUGGGACACUGCCGAGGAGGAUUCUGGGACGGAUAGCGAGUACGACGAGAGCAGCAAAAGCAGGGGAGAAGCACAAUAUAUGUAUUUUAAAGCGGAGCCACAUGCGGGGGAGGGUUGCUUAGUGGAAGGAAGUAAAUGCCUCCUUGUAAACGUGGAUAAGAGGAUCACCUUAGCUGCCUUCAAACAGCAAUUGGAGUCUUUUGUGGGGGUGCCCUCCUCCCAGUUUAAAGUUUUCCGGGUCUAUACCAGCAAUCAGGAAUUUGAGAGUGUCCGGCUCAAUGAGACCCUUUCUUCAUUUUCAGAUGACAACAAGAUCACAAUCAGACUUGGGAGAGCUCUGAAAAAAGGGGAAUACCGUGUGAAAAUCUUCCAGCUUUUAGUAAACGAGCCUGAGCCAUGCAAGUUUUUGUUGGACGCAGUGUUUUCUAAAGGAAUGACCGUGCAGCAGUCAAAAGAGGAGCUGUUGCCGCUACUCAGGGAGCAGUGCGGGCUUGAUCUUUCUAUAGACAGGUUCCGCCUGCGAAAGAAAACGUGGAAGAACCCAGGAACAGUAUUUCUGGAUUCCCAUGUUUAUGAGAAUGAAAGUAUUUCAAGCUGCUGGGAGGUUUUCUUAGAAGUGCUGGAAGAAAAUGAGAAAAUGAAGUCCAUGUCACAGCUUUCCUUGUUUGCAAAGAGGUGGAAGCCAUCAGAGCUAAAGCUGGACCCCUUUACGGAGAUUGUGCUGGAAAGUAACAGCGUGGAUGAAUUGAGAGACAAGAUUUGUGAGAUGAGUGCUAUAACCUUGGAGAACUUAGAAUUCGCAAAGGGCCGAGGCACGUUCCCCUGUGACAUUUCAGUUUUGGAGAUCCAUCAGGAUUUGGACUGGAAUCCUAAAGUUUCGACACUGAAUGCUUGGCCGCUGUACAUUUCAGACGACGGAGCAGUCCUAUUUUACAGAGAUAAAACAGAAGAGCUGGUGGAACUGACGGACGAGCAGAGAAACGAACUGGUGAAGAAGGAAAGCAGCCGUCUGCAAAAGACCGGACACCGCGUCACCUACUCCCCUCGAAAGGAAAAAGCACUAAAAAUAUACCUAGACGGACCGUCCAAUAAAGACUCGGCACAAGACUGACAUUGGCCCCCGGGCCUGCAGCUGAACUUGAUGGGGGUUUUUUUAAUUAUUCUUUUUCCAAAACUGGUCAGCUACCCCCGAGUAGGGCCACUUUUGUCGGACACUCAAUACGUGUGACACCACUACACCAGCACUGAUUGGUGAACUGUCAGCCAACCAGCAGCCCUUUGGCUAUGGAGGUCUUUGGAAACUUCUGCACUAUGGUAGCUAAAGCUGUAAAGUGAAAAGGGAUGUGCAAAUGCAAAUUAAAAGAAAAAUAUAUAUAUAUAAAUAUAUAAAUAAACGUAAGAAACGGCAAGAGGGGUGAGUGGAAAGUCUUUGUGGCCCUAGCUCACGUACAUGCUUAGUAUUCCGGGGCCCCUGUGUAAAGGUCAGACAGUUUUUUUUAAUGUUUUUCAGUGCUGAUACACACAAUACCUCAAUGAACUUGUAGAAAUUCUAAUAUAAGCAAGGGGCCUCCGAACCACAGCGAAGGGGAUGUAGGCCUUAGGAUGUUAUUAAUAUAACGAGCUGCUGUACCAAUUAGAACUUCCUUCUCUAUAUAAGCAGGUUCCGGUACCCAAUCUUCACAGCGCUACACUUGGAACGUUCUACUGAAGUACAGAAUCUGCUGCCGACGCUUUCUACUGUCUGUUCCAAUCAGAGCGGAAACGCUUGCAUCUGUCCAAUAAAAUCAUAGAUCGCCCUUUUUCUAUCACAUAUCGAACACUGUGUACAUCAGAAUUCGUAGCCACCGAUUUAAUGCUUUUCGACCCUACUGCCAUCAUCCACAAUGCCAAUAGGGCGCCUCGUUCUACCAUACGGAAGCUCCCCUUUUUUUCUGGUACUACAGAGAUCUAUAUAUUUGCUUGGUCAUUGAUUUCAUUUCUUUUUGUUGUAUAUUUUGUUCUUUCAAAAAAUAUAUAUAUAUUUUUUUUUUUGUUUUCCACUCCACGUUUUAACUGUUUCCUGAUUGGCGAGUCGCAAAUAGAGAGCAGUUUACCGUUUUAAAUGCCGUAUAGAUACCGGUCUGCCCGCAGGGAAAGAGCUGUGCAUAUCCGAGACAUAACUUUUAUCUUUCGGGCGUCAUGACAUUUCCACAUUAACAGAUGUAAUUGCCAUCUAAUUUAUAAGAAAUCAGUCCAUGGGUUUGAUAAGUGUUUUUUUUGUUUUUUUUCCAUGCCGGAUGCUGUUUACAACACUGAACAUGCCAAUAAAAAAUUAGAAACGUUA